AUGUCGGCUAUGACGCAGGGCCUGGUCGUCGGUGUUCCGGGAGGCGGUACAUACAGCAACAUGAAAUGUGCUCGGAAAAUUCGAAAAACUGGAACAACAACUGAGUCCUGGGUUGACAAACUUCAGGCACUCCUUCAGCAGCCUGAAAACUUGGCACUUGAAAGCCUACUAAGUCAUGAAUUCCACUUCAGUGAUUUCCUUGAGUCGAGCGGCCACGAUCACGAUGCCACUAGGGUGGCUGUUCGUCUCCUGGCGAACGUCUGUACAUCACCUACGGUUGCUCCACAAGCACUGGAACUUGCGAGCGCAGUAGCAUUCUCUGAUAGUUUCAUGAUCAUGGGAUUAACUGCUCUGCUGGCACACCACACAUGCAACAUACAAGAUACCCCCAGUUCAGAUGUGGUGGAUGUCCUCCGUAAUUUGGUGCAACUUUUGCAACAUUUGCACUCCUGUCUUCCAGCAACAACGUCGGAUAGACUGGUAAUUCUAGUGCCGUCAAUUAUGAAGUUAUGGACUACACUUCAGGAAGUGUCAGAUCCUCCAGAGGAUGUCGGAGUUGGACUUUCAAAACUAGAAGAAGCAAAGAACUCGUUUCUUGCGGAAUCUCGCACACGAACGAUGGUGGCACAAGAGCAAGCGCACGUCUCACAGCCUCCAGGUGAUUUCAGAGACACCCCGGUUGUACCGACGGCAUCUGAGCUGCUGUCCGCCGGGAAACCGUUCUUGAGACCCAACUUGGUGCGUGGUGCUUACAGAGACCUGCACCACUACCUGGACGUCCAGUACAGGCUCCUUAGAGAGGAUUUCGUGAGACCAUUGCGUGAGGGCUUGCAAAAUUUCCUUCAGACGGGAAUGCGGUGCACGCGCAUCGAAAACAUCAACGUGUACAAGGAUGCACACGUGGGUGAGGCGCGGGUUACAGCUGCAGCGAUCAUCCAUCCUGUCUACUUUGAUCCUGCUCGCUUUCGAAAGGUAGCUUGGGAGAGAACAAAACGCUUCAUGAACGGUACUCUGCUCAUUCUGUCCAACGACGGCUUCGAGACUGUUCAUUUUGCAACCGUCGUUCACAGGAAUCCAGAGUAUUUGAAAAAGGGAACACUCACUGUAGUGUUUGAUGAACUUUUUGUGGAGACCGUUGCUUGCGAAGCUUACACCAUGUUAGAGACGCAAGCCUACUUUGAAGCCUACAAGCAUAACCUGGAAGCGCUGAAGACCAUAUCUUCUCUGCCUUUCUACGAUUACAUCGUGAAGGCUUCUUCCACCACAAAUGCCCCGGCGUAUUUAAAGGAUGAAACAAAGUUUGACCUAAGUCCCCUCUGCACAUGUAGUCAACCUGAAAACGUCAUUAAUGUUCUGAAUGAAGACAAAUGGCUGACACUCAAAGAUUUAGAGCUUGAUCCAUCGCAGCUAGAUGCAGUGAAAUCCUCGUUGCUGAAAGAAUUUUCCGUGAUUCAAGGUCCACCAGGAACAGGCAAGACCUACGUAGGGCUCAAGAUUGUGGAAGUUCUCCUACGCAACAUUUCAGUCUGGAGGGGAAAAGGGCUGCCCAUUCUUGUUGUGUGUUACACGAACCAUGCUCUCGAUCAGUUUCUUGAACACGUCCUUAAAACUACAAAAAAAAUAGCUCGGGUUGGGGGCCGCUGCAGCAGCGAACCUCUGGAAAGAUACACCCUAACCAGCAGACGCAGGUUAUUUGGAGGCCGGGACCUUAGAGAAACCUGCCUGGAAACACAGACUCGUCUGAACUCCCUGUCACAAGGGAUGUCAAAAAUAUAUGCAGUCUGCUGCACGAUUCAAGAUCUGGAAGCUUACAUGUCCGCAGACGUCCUGAAAAGCUUUGAGCAGUGGUGUGAUCCAGCUUCCUACAACUUUAGUGACUGGCUGGAACUCGCAGCGUUGCGAGAAGAGUUCUGCAAAGGCUUUGCAGAUCGAAUUAUUGAACCAAAGGAGGUAGUCGAGGAGGAUAAUUUCGACAUGCAAGACAUUUCCAAGCAUUGCCGGGAGGGUGAUGACCGUUUGUAUUCUGCAGACAUCAAUGGUGCACUGGCUGGGAUAGAAGAGCAACACCCAGAUGCCCUAGAACAAGCAUGGUGCCAGUAUGGCUACAAGUUAGUCUCAAAUCCCGACGCCGUCAAGGAUGACUACUAUGUCACGAAUGUCUGGUGCUCGUCUUUCGCAGAACGCUGGCGACUCUACAGAUACUGGGCAUCAAAGGCUAUUGAAGACAUUCAAACGGAGGUCACCAUGCACAAAGCAAUUCUGAGAGAGGAGAAAAAAACUGCAUCUCGGAACUCUGUUAGGUAUGACUUUGCUUGCUUGAAGGGUGCGUAUGUAGUGGGCAUGACCACAACAGGUGCUGCAAAGCAUCGAGAGUUAGUUAGGCAGAUUCAGCCAACUGUUGUGAUCGUUGAAGAAGCCGCAGAAGUACUGGAAGCUCACAUAGUCACCAGCUUGGCACCUGCAACAAAGCACCUGAUCCUCAUUGGCGACCAUAAGCAGUUGAGGCCAUCAAAUUCAGUCUACGAGCUCUCUGUUAGGUACAAGAUGGAAGUGUCUCUUUUUGAAAGAAUGAUUGAUAAUGGAACAAUAUGCCAUCAGCUACAGGUUCAACACAGAAUGAGACCGAACUUUGUGAAGUUACUCGUUCCAAACUUUUACGAUAACCUCGACAGCUCGGCGCAUGUGAAGUCCUUCGAAGACAUUCGUGGUAUUGAUGGAAACAUGUUUUUUAUCAACCACACCAUCAACGAAGACAGUGCACUAGACACAAAGAGCCACUCCAACCGCCACGAAGCGGAACUGGUCUUAGGAUUAGCGGACUACCUGCUCAAUCAGGGUUAUGACCCAACAGAAAUCACCAUUCUGACCACUUACAAAGGGCAGAUGUUCCUCAUGCGCGACCUUGCAGCAACCAAGAAGUGCAAGACUGUUCACAUUACAUGCGUAGACAAUUUUCAGGGGGAAGAGAACGACAUCAUCCUUUUGUCUUUCGUCCGAUCGAACCCAGAGAAGAAAGUUGGCUUCAUUAAGAUUCCCAAUCGGAUUUGCGUUGCACUGUCGAGAGCACGAAAGGGUGUGUACUGCACGAGGAACUUCGACAUUAUUGGGGAGUCGAGCCAAGUUUGGAAAAACAUCGUGAAAGAACUGAAGUGCCAAAAUGCCAUCGGAAAUGAGCUGAAGCUACGGUGCCCAAACCAUCCCGAUACUGCCACACUCGUUCGAAGUGCGAAAGACUUUUUAAAUGUCCCCGAGGGUGGUUGCGACAGACCCUGCAAAACACGGCUUGAGUGUGGCCAUUCUUGUGGGCUGCCUUGCCAUGGCUACGACGCAGAGCACGAAGAAGUUGACUGUGAAAAGAAAUGCGAGAGAAAAUGUAGUAAUGGUCAUACUUGCAAACGUGCCUGUUUUGAAAACUGCGGGCCGUGUGAUGUGCUCGUGAGCACCCAGAUUGAGAAAUGUGGUCACACUUGCGAGAUUCCUUGCCACGAAACUAUGGACCCAAGAUGCCCUCUUCCAUGUGAUCGGCUGCUACCAUGUGGCCAUCGUUGCAAUCUCAGAGACUUCCGUGUGGACACACGUGCAAAGGAAUCUGCUCACAGCCGUGUACAAUCUGUGAAAGACCGUGCAAGACUGUUUGUGGCCAUGGAAGGUGCAGGAAGCCCUGUGGACAUCCGUGCCCUCCGUGUCCUAUGCCUUGUCUCUGGAAUUGUGGCCAUGCUAAGUGCAGUGCGUUGUGCUCUGAGCCUUGCACUAGAACUUCGGAGGACAUACCUUGUCCAAAGAAACUUCCGUGCGGGCACCGUUGCCUAG